CGAACAGGCUCCCGAAUUUUUUGACUGCAUCAAGUUCGAAUUGCCAUCCGUCCGCAUAUUGCAACCCGAGAGCCACUCUCGCCUACCCCCGACCUACUUACAGACAACCGUCAUCGCAACCAGGCAGCACCCCCCUCAGAUCUUUUCGGUAUUUUCUUGCCCGACCUUAAACAAGUCCUCGGUCUCCCCCAGCCAAGAAUGUCGAACAUCGCCUCGGACGCGCAGCUCUUCGAAGACCACUUCCGGGUCGAGCGGUUGGGCAAUGCCAAGUAUGACCGCGUCGACCGCAUCUACUGCCAGUCGGAGGACAAGAGCAUCACCAUGACGCUGGAUAUCAACAACGAGCUGUUUCCCUGCAAGCCCGACGACGAGCUGCACGUGGCGCUGGCGACCUCUCUAAACUACGACGGGAGCAAGGACAACGAGCGCGGAUGGCGGGAUGUGGCGAAGGCCGGUGCCAGCGACGCCACGCUAGCCGACAUCUUUGAUUAUGUCUGCUACGGGAAGAUCUACAAGUUCGAGGAUGCCGAGGACGGGAAGACAAUGUGAGUGUUAUUUGCUUUGCUGCUGUAGCCGCGCAGGGGCUGUG